AUGACGAAGCUUCUCGACCCAAACCCGAGUACCCGAAUCACCAUUUCCAAGGUCAUGGACUCCUCCUGGUUCAAGAAAUCAAUUCCUAAAGUCAUAUUGACGAAACAGAAGCAGGAGUUCGACGAGCCAAGCGACAGGAUCACGUCGAAGCAGACAGAGACACUGAAUGCAUUUCACAUAAUCUUGUUGUCGGAUGGGUUUGAUCUGUCGCCCCUCUUCGAAGAGAAGAAGCAGGAGGAGAGGGAGGAGCUGCGGUUCGUGACAACGCUGAUAAAGAAGAGUGACUCGAUGGUAAGGCUACAGGGGCAGGAGAGCGGGCGGAAAGGGAAGCUAGCGAUAGCGGAAGAGAUAUUUGCCAUGGCGCCGUCGUUUUUGGUGGUGAAGGUGAAGAAGGACAAUGGUGAUACGUUGGAGGUGGGGCGACCUCGAUUUGUCGAAAAGCGUGCUUGCCGCCUCUUUGGAUGA